AUGGAGAGCGACAGCUCCGACGAGAUACUCACCUUGGGCUCCACUGCGUCGCUUCAGCUUGGCCAAGACGACCCUCCCCUGUCACCAGUGCAAGGCCCUGAGUCGCAGCAACAGGCUGCUGCGCCCGACGAUGCUGAGGAUAGCUCCGAGGAAAAGAGCUUUGAGGAAGUUGACGAGCCGGAGCAGCGCUCCCGCUUCAACGCCACUAGCGACAAGGCUCUGUUAGCUGAAGUCCUCGCCACGCCUCCAUUUGCUGCUGACCGUAAAACAGUAACCGGUGUGUGGAAGGGAGUGGCUAACCGACUAAACGCUACUCUGUCAGAAGCUUUUAGCUUUCGAGAGUGCAGGGACCGCACCAGUCUUCUCCUACGGAAGUAUGCAGUGCGGAAGGCGCGAAACGAAGCCGCUAGCGGCACCUGCGAGCUGCACACAGAGAGCGAUGACAUCCUUGAGCAACUUCAGCAGCUCAAGAACGCAGCUGAACAGCAGAAAAAUAAGGCAAAAUCGACCUCUAAAACGCAGGAGCUGGAGACUGCAGGUCAACUCCUCAUGCAGGCAGCCGAAAAAAGGGUUUCCGAGAGGCUGGCCGCUGGUACCAAAGAUUCAGGCCAUCCUAAGUGCCGUCGUCUCUCCACGUUGCUUGACCAGGAGCUUGAAGAAGCUAUCGAGCGUAGGAAACUAGAAGCGGAAAAGGUCGAACUUCACCGAGAAGAGCUGCAACUUCGUCGAGAAGAACUCAAGCAGCAAAACCUCAGCAAGAGCUGCUACGCGAGCAGAUCCAGCAGCAAGCUGCUCAGACCGAGUCCAUUUUAA